AUGCAAACUGUAGCCGGCAGCAGCUUAGGGAAAACGAGCACCAUUAGCAUCGGCGGCAGCGCAACGAAGAGGACAUUGACGGGCACCAACAAUAGCAAUACAAGUAACGCUACGGCAACGACCAAAACGAAAGAAAUGUUUAUCCUACGGGCACUGGAAAAGAUCCUGAGUGACAAAGACAUCAAACGGUCGCAUCAUCUUCAGCUAAAGCGUGCUUGCGAUGUGGCACUUGAGGACAUCAAAGAAGAGCUAAAACAGGCUGGCCAGGCGGAGUCCAAUGGCGAAGCACCGGUACCAUCGGCGGCGUUGCCGCUCCCGAAGAACGAUUCGGGCAACAUUAUUAAUGCGGAAAAAUACUUCCUUCCCUUCGAGCUCGCCUGCCAAAGCCGUACACCUCGCAUCGUGGUAACGGCACUGGAUUGCUUGCAGAAGCUGAUUGCCUACGGUCACCUGACCGGUAACAUUCCAGAUUCCUCGAAUCCCGGCAAAUUUCUCAUCGAUCGGAUUGUCACCACGAUAUGCAACUGCUUCAUGGGACCGCAAACCGACGAGGGGGUGCAGUUGCAGAUUAUCAAAGCGCUGUUGACGGUCGUCACGUCACAGCACGUCGAAGUGCACGAGGGAACGGUACUACAAGGCGUCCGGACGUGCUACGAUAUCUAUCUGUCGAGCAAAAAUCUGAUCAACCAAACGACGGCACGAGCCACCCUAACGCAGAUGCUGAAUGUGAUUUUCACGCGAAUGGAAAACCAAGCGUUCGAAGCAAUGGCUAGUGCUGCUACAGCCACAUCGCCCGCCAGUAACAGUGCACUGCAAACGGCUUCACCAAACAGCAGUUCCGCUGGAGCGGGAACGGAAGAAUCUCCGGCUGCGCUGGGGACGGUGGUGACGAAGCCGGUGGAAGAGAAACAUCCGGAGUACGAUUCGAUCCGAGCGAUCGUAGAGGAAAUUGUUGAUAAUGUGAUUGCGCAGGCGGCAUCUAACGUAGCGGACGUAGCGGAGGGAGAAACCAAUGCUGGUGGCAGUGGUGGUCUUCCAGCAAGCAUCAGCGAACCCGCGAUCAACAAUGAAACGAGUGAGACGGCCAGCAUUGGAGGCAUUUCGAACGGUGGUACCGAUUCUACGUCAAUUGCUCGCGUCCCCUCGCAGGAGAGCAUGGAGGUGACGAGUGAAAACGAUAGCAUCGUGACGGCAAAGUUCACGCACAUCCUGCAGAAGGAUGCCUUCCUGGUAUUUCGAGCGUUGUGCAAGCUUUCGAUGAAACCGCUGCCCGAGGGCCAUCCGGAUCCGAAAUCGCACGAACUGCGAUCGAAAAUCCUGUCGUUGCAUCUACUCCUGUCGAUCCUACAGAAUGCGGGUCCCGUGUUUCGCUCGAACGAAAUGUUCAUCAUGGCGAUCAAGCAGUACCUAUGUGUGGCCCUCUCGAAGAACGGCGGUAGUGCGGUGCCCGAGGUAUUUGAGCUUUCGCUCUCGAUUUUCGUAGCGCUGCUGUCCAACUUUAAAAUCCAUCUGAAGAAGCAGAUCGAGGUAUUUUUCAAGGAGAUUUUCCUCAACAUCCUCGAAGCGCCCAGUUCGUCUUUCGAGCACAAGUGGAUGGUGAUCCAGGCGCUAACGCGUAUCUGUGCCGACGCGCAGAGCGUGGUGGAUAUUUACGUCAAUUAUGACUGUGACUUUUCCGCCGCGAAUCUGUUCGAGCGUUUGGUGAACGACCUGUCUAAAAUCGGUCAAGGGCGGCAGGCGCUCGAGAUGGGCACCUCGAUCAACCAGGAAAAGUCGAUGCGCAUUCGCGGUCUGGAGUGUUUGGUGUCGAUCCUGAAAUGUAUGGUCGAAUGGAGCAAGGAUCUGUACGUGAACCCGAAUUCGCAGACCACGCUCGGCGAUCCUCCAUCUACGGGAGGCGAUUCGAGUGGCGGGAUCGAACGAAAGACGGGUGUGUUAAACGUGAGCGGUGCCUCGCCUGUGGACGAGGUCCAGGAGUUGGUGAUGAAAUCUCACGGAGGAUCUAGUGUGAGCAUUAAUUCGCUUGGCAGUACGAACACAUCAAGCGGCAACCGGGAAGUGCUUGAUCUACCCGAGGAGCUGGAAGAGCGAAAGCAGCGUAAGGAAGUCAUGGAAACGGGCAUCGACAUGUUCAACCGGAAGCCGAAAAAAGGCAUAGUCUUCUUGCAGGAGCGCGGCCUGCUCGGCACGACCGUGGAGGAUGUCGCGCGGUGGCUGCACGAGGACGAACGACUGGACAAAACGCAGAUCGGCGACUAUCUCGGGGAAAACGACGAGCAGAGCAAAUCUGUGAUGUGCGCGUACAUCGAUGCGAUGAACUUUGCCGAGCUGGACAUCGUGGCGGCUUUGCGUUACUUUCUCGAGGGCUUCCGGUUGCCGGGUGAGGCGCAAAAAAUCGACCGGCUGAUGGAGAAAUUUGCGUCCCGAUACUGCGAUUGCAAUCCGAACAACACGCUCUUCGCUAGUGCCGACACCGUGUACGUGCUAGCGUUCUCUGUGAUAAUGCUGACGACGGAUCUGCACUCGCCGCAGGUCAAGCACAAGAUGACUAAGGAGCAGUACAUCAAGAUGAACCGAGGUAUUAGUGACAACAAAGACUUACCCGAGGAAUACCUGUCACAGAUCUAUGACGAAAUCGCGGGUCAUGAGAUUAAAAUGAAGAAUACGGUGGCAAAUAAGCCGGCCGGCAAGCAGAUCAUUGUGAAUGAGAAGAAACGCAAGCUACUGUGGAAUCUGGAGAUGGAAUCGCUUUCGACGACGGCCAAAAAUCUUAUGGAGUCUGUUUCGCAUGUGAAGGCAUCGUUCACCUCAGCGAAGCACCUGGAGCACGUGCGCCCUAUGUUCAAAAUGGCCUGGACGUCUUUUCUGGCCGCAUUUUCGGUUGGAUUGCAGGAUUGUGAUGAUCCAGAAAUUGCAUCCCUCUGCCUAGAUGGUAUCCGGUGUGCGGUGCGAAUUGCCUGCAUCUUUCAUAUGAGUCUGGAGCGAGAUGCUUACGUGCAGGCGCUGGCCCGCUUUACGCUCCUGACCGCGAACUCGCCGAUUAACGAAAUGAAAGCUAAAAAUAUUGACACAAUCAAAACACUUAUCAUGGUGGCGCAUACGGACGGUAACUACCUGGGCUCGAGUUGGCUGGACAUUGUAAAGUGUAUCUCGCAUCUCGAGCUGGCUCAACUAAUUGGAACCGGCGUGCGACCAGAGUUCCUUUCCGGGCCGGCCUCUCACCGAGACACGCUGGAUCCGACCGCGAAGGAACAUAUCGGAGAGACUAGCUCGCAGAGCAUCGUCGUAGCAGUGGAUCGCAUCUUUACCGGUUCGAUCCGACUCGAUGGAGACGCAAUUGUGGACUUUGUCAAAGCGCUCUGCCAGGUGUCGCUGGAUGAGCUGACGCGUCCGCAGCCGCGCAUGUUCUCGCUGCAAAAGAUCGUCGAAAUUUCGUACUACAACAUGGGCCGCAUUCGGUUACAAUGGUCCCGCAUCUGGCAGAUACUGGGCGAGCACUUUAACGCGGUUGGGUGUAACACGAACGAGGAGAUUGCCUUUUUUGCACUCGAUUCGCUUCGGCAGCUGUCGAUGAAGUUCAUCGAGAAGGGCGAGUUUACGAACUUCCGCUUUCAGAAAGAUUUUUUGAGACCGUUUGAGCACAUAAUGAAGAAAAACAAUUCGCCCGCGAUUCGCGACAUGGUGGUACGAUGCGUAGCCCAAAUGGUGAACUCCCAGGCGCACAACAUUAAAUCGGGAUGGAAGAACAUUUUCUCCGUGUUCCAUCUGGCGGCAGGCGAUCACGACGAGGCGAUCGUGGAGCUGGCUUUCCUGACCACCGGCAAAAUAAUUACCGAUCUGUACCAGACCCAGUUCCAUAUCAUGAUCGAUUCGUUCCAGGACGCAGUCAAAUGUCUCUCUGAGUUUGCCUGCAAUGCUCGCUUUCCGGACACGAGCAUGGAAGCAAUCCGGCUCGUCCGGACGUGUGCGAUUUGCGUGAAUGAUUCCCCGAAUCUGUUUGCCGAGCACGCGGGAAUGGAGAACGACGUAUCUGUGCCGGAAGAGGACCGGGUGUGGGUACGCGGCUGGUUCCCGAUGUUGUUUUCGCUUUCGUGCGUGGUCAAUCGAUGCAAACUCGACGUGCGGACACGUGGCCUAACCGUGCUGUUUGAAAUUGUGAAAACCCACGGCGAUGCCUUCCGGGCCAACUGGUGGCGCGAUCUGUUUAACGUACUGUUCCGGAUCUUCGACAACAUGAAGCUACCCGAACAUCAGACGGAAAAGGCAGAAUGGAUGACGACGACGUGCAACCACGCGCUGUACGCCAUAAUCGAUGUGUUCACGCAAUACUUCGACGUGCUAGGUCCAAUGUUGUUGGCGGACCUGUACUGCCAGCUUCACUGGUGUGUGCAGCAGAACAACGAGCAGCUGGCUCGAUCGGGCACUAACUGCCUCGAAAAUCUGGUAAUCUCGAACGGGCUUAAGUUCAGCGAGGACACCUGGGGUAAGACGUGCCAAUGCAUGCUGGAUAUCUUCAACAGCACGCUACCCAACGAGCUGCUCACGUGGAAACCGGACCCAUUGCCCCAAACGAUCGGUUCCGGGGCAGGUGCAAAUGUCCUUCGGGGGCAGGAGAAUGGUGACCUUCCGCGACAUGGCAUUCUCAAACGUUCCGGAUCACAACAUUCGAUGCACGGGCAAGAACUCCAUGCCGAUCAACAGAGUACGGCGGGAAUGGUGGCUGGUGGCACAAACACCACGGUGCUCUUCUCGAACCUGCUCAUCAAGUGUGUCGUCCAGCUCGAGCUAAUACAGACGAUCGACAAUAUCGUGUUCUUUCCGGCAACAUCACGGAAGGAAGACGCAGAAACUCUGGCUCAAGCCACGGCCGAACUCAGCGCCGCUAAUAUGCACGCGUCUUACCCGUCGUCCCUGUCGGGCGAGGAGUGCCAGCGGGAGGAACAGGGCAUGUACAGCUACCUUAACACGCACCAUCUGCUCCAGCUAGUCGACUGUUUGCUCCAAAGCCACCGGUUUGCGAAGCAGUUCAAUUCGAACAACGAUCAACGAACGAUACUGUGGAAGGCCGGGUUUAAGGGUUCGCUGAAGCCGAACUUACUGAAACAGGAAACACAGUCACUUGCCUGCGUCUUGCGGAUACUGUUUAAAAUGUACAGUGACGAAAACAGGCGGCGCGAUUGGCAGGAUAUCGAGAAGCGGUUGAUAGGCGUCUGCACGGAGGCACUGGACUAUUUCCUCUCGCUUCCAAGCGAGCCACAUCGGGACGCAUGGACGUCGCUGCUGCUGCUGGUGAUGACGAGGUUGCUGAAAAUGUCGGAUGCAAGGUUUGCUGCCCACAUUGCCAGCUACUACGUGUUCCUGUGCGAUCUGACGUGUGUCGAUCUCAAGCCAGAGCUGCGUACGGUUUUGCGACGAGUGUUUCUGCGCAUCAGUCCUGUGUUUGGAAUCUCGAGUGCCACCGCUGGCGCGUCCAGUGCCAAUGCUAAUAGCACCGUCCCAAUGGCAGCUACCUAG